UCUCGCCUAAACCCUAGGAAUAUAAACGGAGUUGGAGUGUUUGACAGGGAGCUAAGGUGCCUGCAACUGCAUAGCAAUGGGGAAGGGAACAGGGAGCUUCGGAAAGAGGAGGAACAAGACUCACACUCUCUGCGUGAGGUGUGGCCGCCGGAGCUUCCAUCUCCAGAAGAGCCGCUGCUCCGCAUGUGCUUACCCCGCUGCACGCAAGAGAACAUACAACUGGAGUGUGAAGGCGAUCCGUAGAAAGACCACCGGAACCGGCCGUAUGAGGUAUCUCCGCAACGUGCCCCGCCGUUUUAAGACUAACUUCAGAGAAGGUACUGAAGCAGCUCCAAGGAAGAAGGCAGCAGCAGCAUCUGCUUGAAGGCCUUAGAACAAAUGAGAUUUUGUGAGGGCUGCUUAAAUUGUAACUUUUCAUUUUGGUACUUGCAGUAUUAGAACAAAUGAGAUUUUGGUACACUUUAUUCCAAUGAUUUUGUUCCCAUUACUAUAUCUUUCAAAAUUUAAAUCCAGAUUUUGAUUAUUGAUAUGGAUGGAUAAGAAAGUUCUAUUGAAUUUA